AGCAGAGCCAAGCUGUCCUCUUUCUCUGUCUUCCUUCUAUCUCUAGAAAUUGUAAUAAAAAUCAAUCAGAAUCUUCAAACCACUCUCCCCAUACAUCAUGAUCAUCACAAUUUAUCAUUAUCACCAUCAUCAUUAAUUCCAUCAAAUAGGAAGAAAAGGAAAACUGCGUCAUCGUUCUUGCCCUACUUUCCAUAUCUCUGCUCUUUCAUCUUGCUUGUUGAAAUCUCUGCUUGGGUUUAUCCUAGUUUAGCAGUGACGUCUGGAUUCAAUUAUUCUGCAUAUUGGGUUUCUUUUCUUUUAAAAGAAUUCGUUGUACUUUGGUUGAUUUUUAUUGUUCUUGGCGAUUUUCUUUUUCAUGGUUGAUACAUGUGAUCGGAGGCCAGCUGUGAUGUUUUGUAGAUUACUUAUGUGAAGUUGUUGAAUUGGGGCUUUUGAUUAAGGUGAAGAAGAAAAACCAAAAGUCAAAAGGGUUUCUUGGGGGUUUCUGAAAGUUGAAUAUUGUUGGGGAAUGUUGUAUCUAAAGCAACCUACGGCUGCGGCUAUGGGGUUUGGAAAGUUGGGAGAGGGUGUAGAUUGUAUUGAAGAUUGAAAUUGAAUGCUAGAGUGACUGGUUUCCGAGCCCGAGGCUCGGGGAUCGCGAAGAAUAAUCAAGAACGAUGGCGGAUGUACUACCGAAUCUAAAGCAGCAGCAUCAUGAAGUUCAGCCUGAUUUCGCGCCUUCUUCAACCCCUUUGCCGACAACCGAGGGUUUUAUGCAGAAGUUUAGACUCUACGAGACUCGAUCGAAUUUUUAUAUGGUAGGAAGGGAUAAAAGUAGAACAUCUUGGAAAAUUUUGAAAAUCGACAGGUUGGAACCGUCCGAACUCGUCAUUCAUGAAGAUUCUGCUAUAUACACUGAAAGUGAGUGUUCUGAUUUGCUGAAGAGGGUACACGAAGGAAACAUGGCCACGGGAGGACUUAGAUUUGUUACGUCAUGUUAUGGCAUCGUAGGAUUCAUAAAAUUUUUAGGGCCAUAUUAUAUGAUGCUCAUUACGAGGAGGCGACAGAUUGGUGCAAUAUGUGGUCACAACGUGUAUGCAAUCACCAAAAGUGAGAUUAUUCCCCUACCAAAUGCAGCCGUUAGAUCCAGCAUGGCUAACUAUAAGAAUGAGAACAGAUACAAGAAGCUCUUGGGUAUGGUGGAUCUUACAAAAGACUUCUAUUUUAGUUAUUCCUAUCAUGUGAUGAGAAGUCUCCAGAGAAACAUGUGUGAUACUGAGACAGGACAAGUUUUGAAUGAAACUAUGUUCGUAUGGAACGAAUUUCUUACUCGUGGCAUAAGAAAUAUACUCCAAAAUACAUUGUGGACUGUUGCAUUAGUCUAUGGCUUUUUUAAACAGGCUACACUUUGCAUAUCAGGGCGGGAUCUCAAGCUGACUUUAAUGGCAAGGCGCUCAAGACAUUAUGCUGGUACUAGAUAUCUAAAACGCGGUGUCAAUGAGAGCGGCAGAGUAGCAAAUGAUGUUGAGACUGAGCAGAUUUUGAUUGAGGAUGUUCCUGAAGGAUUGCCAAUGCAAACUAGUUCUGUGGUCCAAAACCGUGGCUCAAUACCAUUGUUCUGGUCGCAGGAAACUUCCCGCUUAAAUCUUAAACCAGAUAUUAUUUUGUCAAGGAGGGACCAAGCUUAUGAGGCUACUAGACUUCAUUUUGAAAAUCUUGCGAAAAGAUAUGGGAACCCAAUCAUUAUUCUGAAUUUGAUCAAGACAAAUGAAAAGAAGCCUCGGGAGUCAAUUCUCCGCACUGAGUUUGCCAACGCCAUUGAAUUCAUCAAUAAAGAUCUAUCCGAGGAGAACCGCCUUAAAUUUCUCCACUUGGAUUUGCAUAAACAUUCCCGGAGCAAAGACACAAAUGUCUUAUCACUGCUGGCGAAAGUGGCUGCAUAUGCGUUGACACUUACUGGUUUUUUCUACUGUCAUGCCACACCUGAGAUGCUAUUGGAAGAGCAUUCUAAAUGGCCUAGCUUUGAUUGCAGGACUUUUGGUGCUACGGGCAUGUCCACUUCAACAUAUUCUCAAUCUGAUAGUGAAAAACACAAGGAUGAUGAGAUUGAGGAUUCAGAUAGCUCAGACAGCAAACCUACUGGAGUUGAUAACAUUGCUAAUACUAACACGUCUUUCAAGCCACCAAGGAUCCAGAAGGGAGUGCUUCGCACUAAUUGCAUAGAUUGCUUGGAUCGCACUAAUGUGGCACAAUAUGCAUAUGGUUUGGCUGCUUUGGGGCAUCAGCUGCAUGCUUUAGGUGUAGCAAAUUCAACGCGGGUUGAACUUGACGAUCCUUUGGCCGAAGAAUUGAUGGGUUUUUACGAAAGAAUGGGUGAUACACUUGCACACCAAUAUGGUGGAUCUGCCGCUCACAAUAAGAUUUUCUCCAAGAGACGAGGGCAAUGGAAUGCAGCAACACAGUCCCAGGAAUUUUUCCGCACUCUACAAAGAUAUUACAACAAUGCAUAUAUGGAUGCACAGAAACAAAAUGCCAUCAACGUAUUUUUGGGGCACUUUCAACCUCAGCCAGAUAAACCUGAUGUGUGGGAGCUUGAUCCAGACCAGCAUUACAGACAAUCAAAUAUUAAUAAAUAUGGAAGAUCACUUUUCAAAAGAUCAUGGUCAGAUGGGAACAUUCUUCAAGAAAGCCAUUCCCCCACGUCUACUCCAAACAUCAAUAAAGGUUUUCCAAGUGCUGGUUUUUCUGAUGAGUCCCAAGGAGGACACAAAAUUCUUUCUGAGUCAACACCUGAGAUGUCUACUCCGGACACAGAGUUAACAUAUGCUAGUAAUUCGCCUAUGCCUACGAGGGAGCUUUUUGCUGAAAUACAAAGAGAAAGACACCAUGAACAUGACAAUGGUGAUGGAAUUGACUGCUCAAACUUUGUUGACUUGGAUUGGCUAUCUUCUUCUGGAAAUUCAUGCGAGGAUGAUUUGUUGGAAAGAUCAAUGCUGACAGUCUCCCCGAAUGCGAUUCUGUCGUCAGAAAAUAUAGCCAGCGAAGCGGCUGGGGAAAGAAUGCCAUCCACCAGUGAAUGUGGCUCAAGCAUGCGAGGAAUGACAACAGGCGAGAGUUACAACGAAGCCCAUACUUACGAAGUACUUGAAGAAUUCUCGGAUAGCUUUGUGCGCUGGGUGACGUACGGUGAAGCACUCUGUCACUGAAGAGUUUUGUGGAUGACGAUUAUAAGACAAGAGUGAGAGAGUUUGAGUUUCUAGGUUCCGGCAGAAUGUGGUUGGUGAGGAGAAAGAUAAAAAUAUACCUCUUGAUUCUUUGGUCCCAUGAAAGCCACUAGAGAAUGUUGUCCGACCUCGGAAACCUUGGUCGACUCGUGUCCCUUGCUCAUGACAUAGCUAUCACAAAGUAAAUAGUUACAGCUUUUUAAGAUUCUUUCGCCAUCCCUUCAGCUUCUUAUUCUCAGCCUCUGUUUAAUUUAUGCAUAUCGUUGUCGUCGAGCUACCUGUUUUGUCUGAAUGCUUAGUAAUAUCUAUUUUUGUCGCAUAGUCGAGAGUUUCUCUCCA